AUUCCACCCAGUGAGAAGCCUGGGAGGGACAAGCUCUGGACUGAACUGCGUACUGCUGCCUGUCACUAUCUAGGGUCACUUCUUCACCUGCUAGAUCAGCUGUGGAGGUCCUGGUCCCCUCUCCUCCUCUGCACCUUGUACUUUGAGACUACUCAUAUUUGGAUGAUCUGGAAACUUAAUCUCAGAAGAAGUUACUUAACCAGUGACAGCCCACAGUGUGUAUAUGACAGCAUCUUCUCAGAACACCAGGAGAAGUACCACCACUAUGUCACCGCAGUCCAUCAUCUGAAUCAGAACUGACCGCCUUUUAUCGUCAUAAUUCAUUGCCGCACAGUGAUGGAUCAGAACUGGAGAAGAUGCUGCUUUUGGGUUUGUUUGAUGGGAUUGCUGGCACUCAGUGGCAUGGCCGAGGGUGGGUGUGUGGAGGCUGGAAAGUGCUGCAAAGGCAGAGAUUUGACUUGUGUCAGCAAGGGCUGGAGAAUGGACAGGGUAUAUGGGACCUGCUUCUGUGAUCAAGUGUGCACAUCAGCCAUGGACUGCUGUCAUGACUACACCCAGGCAUGUCCAGCUCGUGACUGUGUUGUUGGUGAAUGGAGCCAUUGGAGUGGCUGUGCAAUCCAGUGCAGCCCAACAUAUAGAGUGCGCAGUCGUCAAGUGUUACAGGAGCCUGAAAAUAGGGGAGAGCCCUGCCCACACCUACAGGAGAAGGCCGGAUGUCUGGAAUAUUUCACAAACCAGGGCAUUGAAUGUGGACAUCUAUAUGUUCCUGCCUUCAUUACCACUUCCGAAUAUAACAAAGAAAGAAAGAGGCGCGCUGUGGCGAUAGACUGGGCAUCCAAUACAGAGGAUUCUGGGUACUGCGUUGAGUUCCAGAUUGAAUCCUUUUCUCCAGCCUGCUUGACUCAGGAUGAACCACAUGCUCGCUGGAUGCUGUAUAUCAGAGAUGGCUACACUGUGUGUGUGGCAUGCCAGCACCCUGCAAUGAAUGUCAGGAACCAUCGGUGCUAUGGAGAUGGUAGUGGUGCUAACAGGGACCAAAUUCUUCACUGGCAAGCUGUGGGAAAUGGCAAGUGUCAUGGAACCUGGAAAAAAGUUAGAGAGCUUGAGAAGUGCUCCUGCCCCUUGGUUCAUAGCUUUAUUUUUAUAUGAUUUAGGUUAUGGAACCAUGUCAAGGAAAAUAAGCUAUUUUAUAUAUUUUGUAAGUAUUAUAGUUAUAUUAGCAUGUAUGAUUAAACCUAACAUCCUUUAGAUAAGACCACAUGGGGCAGAACUUAGUGGCUGCUUACAGUUUGUAAAUAAAUGGCCACACAGUUAUUUUGGGGGAGGGAGGGGGUAGUUGUUUCCCAGAAAAUUAACAACCACUUAACAUUCCAGUGUACAAAGAGGUAUCUCCCAAGGAAAGAGAACCAUCCCGAUAGCAUGACCUUGUGGAAGUGGCUCCCUACAAAUCAUAAUCCGACUUUACAAAUGGCUUGGCUAUUUUCCCUUGUCAUGUCCCAAGGCUUGUUAAAAAGUCAAUUUUGACUCAUAAGUGGCCACUUCCACAAGGUGGCGAUAGAGAGAUAGUUCUCUUUCCAUGGGAGAUACCUCUUUGCAUAUUGUUUUCCCAUGGAGCAUUGCCAAGUCUCCACACCAGGGAGUACUUCCAGUAAAUCUCUAUAUAGGACUGGUUUCUUUAAAGGGAGUCUGUCACCUACCUGACCGGUUUCAAACAAGGUGACAUUGUUCAGUGGGGCACAAAGACAUGACACAGAUGUUACCCGUGUUUAGUUCUUCAGAUGCAUCAAAUCUCCCAAAAAGUCAUUUUUUUAUCAUAUGCUAAUGAGCCGUCGCAAGUACCCAGGGGCCGAGAGUUUUCUGAAAGUGCCUAAGUUCCCCCGCCUCACUCGCGCCUAACUCCGCACCUCAGUAAGCUCAGGCCAGCCCUGUGGCACUGUGACAUCAUAUUUCCCUAUAGGCUGUUCGCGCAUCACUGCCAGGCCCGGGCAUUCUGUUCUGCCCACUGUGGUCAGAAGCACAGAGAUAUGCAGUAUGUUAAAAGAGAUAGCAUAUGAUAAAAACUACUUUUUGGGCGAUUUGAAGCAUCUGAAGAACUAAAC